AUGACAAUGAGCGUAUGUAAAGUUUUAUUUUGGGUUGAUGAAUUCAAGAAUAACUGGUUACCAAAACAUAUCCCGAACAAUCAUGAUUUGACCGAAUUGAUCAUCGACAAAAUAAAUGAACUCGAACAUAUAUUGACUCCUGAAAAUACUCCAAAUGUGAAUGAGUCGUCUGAUUUCAAUGAAUGUCAACAUGAGCCCGAAGACACAUCACAUCAAGAUGAUACACCAAUAGCAACCGUUCUCAGUAAUCAUACGGAUGAGGAUAUCGAAAAUCAAGAGCUAUUUUCUUGGCCGUCUAUUCGUAUCAAACGCAUUCCGUUAGCCGAAGCGGAACUUUAUAUGCCCGAGGAAUGGAAACUUGCCAAGCCAAGACGUGGUAAACGGAAAAAUCAGAAGAAACUGCCAGCAAUCGUUUCAAAAGGAAGUACAGUCAAAAAGAGUUCACGACAAAUGAAGACACCGUUGGCAUCCACUCAGGAUACAAGUGCAAACGAAGCUACAAUUGCUGUGCGAAAGUCUGGUCGAUCGAGAAAAAUCAAGAAAUUCGAAUUAUCGUCAUCUUUGAAAAGUAUUCCGUCCAUACAUAGUGAUCAACAGAAAAGCCGCCGUAAACUACGUGCUAAAAUCGGUGAAGAUGAUGAUUUGUUUACGUUAGGAAACUUAUCUCAAACAGAUCAUGCCGAUGGCGAAUUAGAUUGUGAACAAGUACCACGUUUCAUAGGUCAAAAUGGUAUUCUCUCCCAAACGCGUAAGCUAAAUGAAACUACAACAACAUUAUCAACAAUUGACGAUGACUUUACAAUUAUAUCUCAGUCGCAAAAAACAAUCGUUAGUGAAACAUUUGUGAAUUAUUCGUCUAAUGACCCCCCUAUUCAUCCGACUCUACCUGACGUAUCCAUUGCUGAACCGAUGAAUAUUCUCGGAGAUGUAACUGCCGAUGAACGUGAACAAAUGUAUCAAGAAAUAAUCGAAAACGAUGACAAUGAAUCGUUAUUAACUUCAUUGAAUCGAACAAAUGAAAGCCAUCCAAUGACGAAUAACAACAAUACCCUUCUUGAUUAUCAUUGCUGUAUCGAAGACAUAUCGAAUGAUGGUAUAGAUCUUCCACCAGCAUCCUCAUCGCCGAGCUCAGUUCACGUUUCUCUAACGACGUAA